AUGAUGAAAAUUUCUAAUAAGAAAUAUCAAAAGGGUUCACCAACUACAAGGGAGAUGGGUCGUGGAGGUAGGGGUAGGGGAAGAUCUUCAAGACAGGACAUUUGGCAAAGAUUUUUUAAUUUGGAAAAUCUGAAACUGUUCAACCAAUUGGUUCCAUCUUGGAUAUUGUUGCACGUGUGGAGUUACAAUUGGAAUGGGAUGAAGUUGAGGCUUUUAUCAAAGAAGCAGACGGUUCACUAUUCAGUUGAUAUGAACAUUUUCAUUGAAAACAACUUCUGA